UUCUCUUCAUUGGAAUUAUUGCAUACUCGAUGAAGGUCAUGUAAUUAAAAAUGGGAAAACAAAGCUAUCAAAAGCUGUGAAACAACUGAGUUGUAACCAUAGGUUAAUACUGUCAGGAACGCCUAUCCAGAAUAAUGUCUUAGAUUUAUGGUCACUCUUUGAUUUUCUCAUGCCGGGUUUCCUUGGCACAGAGAAGCAGUUUCAAGCUCGUUAUGGGAAACCAAUUUUACAAAGCCGAGAUGCUAAAAGUACGUCAAAGGAGCAAGAAGCUGGUGUAUUAGCUAUGGAAUCUCUUCACCGGCAAGUUUUACCUUUCAUUCUUCGACGCUUAAAAGAAGAUGUCUUACAAGACUUGCCACCUAAGAUCAUGCAAGAUUAUUAUUGUGAUUUGAGUCCAUUGCAGGUUAAAUUAUAUGAAGAUUUUACUCGAUCACAUGCAAGGAAAAAUGUUGAGAAGAGUGUUCUUUUCCUUGAUGAAUCUUCUGACGCUAAAUCUGUGUCUCCAGUAAAAAAAUCAAAUCAAGGAGCUACACACAUAUUUCAAGCUCUGCAGUAUUUACGUAAAGUAUGUAAUCAUCCUGCUUUAGUUUUAUCUUCCCAACAUCCCAAAUAUGCAGAAAUAGUAGAACAACUUUCAGCACAACAGUCUUCCUUACAAGACAUUCAACAUGCUCCUAAGCUAACAGCACUCAAACAACUUCUCCAUGAUUGUGGCAUUGGUGUGCCUAUUGACCCCAAAGACACACCUGUUGUGAACCAACAUCGAGUACUGCUUUUUUGUCAAUUGAAGAGCAUGUUAAAUAUUGUAGAAAAUGAUCUCCUCAAAAUUCAUAUGCCUAAUGUUACUUACCUUAGGCUUGAUGGAAGCAUUCCUGCUGGCUCUCGGCAUUGCAUAGUUAAUAGAUUCAACAAUGAUCCUUCAAUAGAUUUAUUGCUAUUAACUACACAUGUUGGAGGCCUUGGCUUAAACUUGACAGGAGCAGACACUGUGAUUUUUGUAGAGCAUGAUUGGAAUCCUAUGAAAGACUUACAGGCUAUGGACAGGGCUCACAGAAUUGGCCAGAAGAAAGUGGUAAAUGUUUAUCGACUAAUUACUCGAGGGACAUUAGAAGAAAAAAUCAUGGGGUUACAAAAGUUCAAGAUGACCAUAGCUAACACAGUGAUUAGCCAUGAUAAUUCUACACUCCAGUCUAUGGGAACUGAUCAACUGCUAGAAUUAUUCAUUCUAAGAGAGGAUGGUAUAAACAAUAAAGAAAAAGAAACCUGUGAAAGUACAAGCAAGCGUCAAACUAUUCACUCAAUAUUAGACAGCCUUGGUGAAUUGUGGGAUGAGAAACAGUAUGAAUCUGAAUACAACUUGAAUUCAUUCCUUGAAUCACUUGCAACAUAG